AUGUCGACAACAAAGUUCGUCGAUUAUUAUGCUAUUCUGGGUGUCACACGCCAAGCAUCGAUGAAGGAAAUCAACAUUGCCUGGAAGAGAUUCGCUCUUCAGUAUCACCCAGACAAGAGCCCUCGUAAGAACACUGAUGAGAAAUUCCGAAAGGGCCGAGAGGCUGUAGAGACUCUCCGUGAUCCUCGACGACGUGACGAGUACAACAGAAGACUCGAAGCCCAUCAUCCCCUUAAUCAGAUGAGCAACACAGGCUGGGAUUGCGGUCCACCUCAGACGUCUUCUGCCUCCUCCCAGCCAAUGGAUCCUCACUUCCAGAACUACGAUGAGCCGAGAAACGGGGCGGAGCCCGAGAACAAUCAAAACAAGGCCAGCCCUGACAACGGCUCCAACGAUCCAAACGAUCCAUCUCGCAGAAGGACUUGGAAACAGAUGGAAAAGAUCUUCGAGACGAGAAAGGAGCGCAAAGCGGCAGAGGGACAGGACACACCCUGGGCUCCAGCUGAACCAAACUUUCACCAACCUGAAGCCGACCCAGAGAUGCACUCAUUCGAGAAUGGCUACUACCCCUACGUUUAUCAUCAGGCGCAAGCUGAAGGGGCUCAGACUAUCUAUGGAAAGGGAAAGAUGGCGGGCGAAAUCAACGAGCCGGUUUCUCUGGGUCAGUUUCUGAAGAAUUAUGUCAAGAGGACUGGUACUCGCGGUAGACCAGGCAUCGCAUCUCGUCGUCGGUCGACUUUCAAGGGAAGUGUGAAUACUUGCGUCCAAGGCAGCCCCAAUCGCAGUUACCAAUUCUCGAAUGCUGGUUCUUCGUCCGGCAGCGAUGACUGCUCGAACGAAUCAGGUGGAGUGCGCCUUGCUGAGUUUGAGACUCAGGAUGAGGGCGAACAGACACUCUAUUCUGACUGUUACGAUCCUCAUCCUACUGUUCCAAAUCUUGACCCGGCCAGCUCCAACCCUCGCUCCAGCUCAAUGAGCACAGAGCAGCCUACCUGGGAGAGUAUGCCUUCCGUCAACAAUGACAACGCCCAGUGGCCCUUCCACCGAUUCGUCCCGUACAUCAAGGCCAAGUUGAAUGACCCCAGUGGGCGUUACACGCCUGAUGACAUGCAUCAAGAGCUCCGCGGUCUCGUUUUGGACCCUGUCUCUGUGUAUUUGGAGAACAAACGUCUCUCUCGUUCCAACGCCAGCCCGGCACCCGUCACAGGCGGUAGUUCCACUUGCUCCCAUCUCGGUUUCUGGCACAAAGACUUUGGUCAGCCUGAAUGUGACAAAUGUCAUCUCUUGAAGCCCCUCUAUACCCUGGUAUGCCCGGGUUGUGGCUUGAAGAGAUGCGUCCGGUGCAAGUUUGAGGGUUACGAGAUUUAG